AUGCGCAUCGAAUUAUCGCAUGGCCGGCGCGCUCUCAUCUCACGGGGGCAGUGGGAGCUCCUCAGAGGCCGGGAAGCGAGUGAGCGGGUAAACCGCGGCCCCUCUCGCCCCGCGCAUGACUACGGGGAAGGAGCGGCUGCGGCCACGCCACGGCCACGGGGCUCAAAGGCCUCGCCGCUGCCGCCACACUCACCUAGAGCCCCACCGCAGCACGGCCCGACUCAGCGCUCCCCUCUGACUGAGGCCGGCCGGCGGCGCGGACGCCAGGCUAUAGCCCACCCCAUGCAGAUGAGCCGCCCUCGUCCCGCUCCCCAUUGGUCGGCUCAGACCCUCUCCGGUUUUCCAUUGGCCAGCCCGGCCCCGAGCCGCCCUCGCAUUGGCUACCGCCUCCUCGCGCCAGAGGCGGGCUCGCGUGCGUGCGCUACGUGCCGAGGCGGCCCGCGCGGCUCAGCCUCGUGGAAAAUCCCCGUGCGGGAGGGGCGGGGCCGGGCCGGAGGCUCCUCCUCCCGCGCUGGCACCGCCCAGGCGCAGGGAGGGGAUGGGGAAGAGGGCGGAGGCCCGGGCUGUAGGCUCUCCCUGGUGGCCUGGCUGCCAGGGAAUGUGCUGCCCUCGGCCAAGGGAGGUCCAGCGAGGGACAUGUGGAUCCCAGCUGCCUUGUUCUGCCUGCUGCUGGUGCAGCUGAGCUGCUCCCACCUAGUGCACUGGACAUACAAAGAAGGAGAGCUGGAUGAAGAGCACUGGGGAAAGCAUUUUGCAGACUGUGCCGGCAAGAGCCAAUCCCCAGUUGAUAUCCAGAGGAAAAAAGUGAGGUACAACCCCCAGCUGCUGCAGCUGGAGCUGAGUGGUUAUGAUGGACCUCUGCAGGGGGAUUUCACAAUGACCAACAAUGGUCACUCUGUUCAGAUUGAUCUGCCACCCACCAUGCACAUCUCCAGAGGACUCCCAGGCCUCUACACAGCUGUACAGAUGCAUCUGCACUGGGGUGGCCUGGACCUGGAGACCAGUGGCUCUGAACACACCAUAGAUGGGAUGAGAUACUUCGCAGAGCUGCACAUUGUCCAUUACAACUCUGCUGACUACUUGAGCUUCGAAGAAGCCAAAGACAAACCAAACGGCCUGGCUGUCCUUGCCUUCCUCUAUGUGGAUGGACACUUUGAGAAUACCUACUACAGCGAAUUCAUUUCCAAACUGGCACAAAUCAGGUUUGCAGGUCAGUCAACAAAGCUCAGCUCUCUGGAUGUCCAAGCCAUGCUGCCAGAAAACCUCUCCCACUUCUACAGGUACCAGGGCUCACUAACAACCCCACCUUGCUCUGAGAGUGUGAUCUGGACCAUCUUUCAUUCUCCAGUUGUCCUGUCACACACACAGAUCAGCCUGCUGGAGACCACCUUGCUGGACUGGCAGAACAGGACACUGCGCAACGACUACCGGCGUGCCCAGCCCCUCAACGGCAGGGUGGUGGAGUCCUCCUUCAGACCCACCCAAGAACAAUGCCACCCUGAAGAACUCAGCCUCAGAUUGGAACAAAUCCAGGUGCAGCUCCAAGACAUGAAGAGAGAGCUGCUGAAUGGAGGGAACCACCCAGGUCUUAAAUCCAGCACUUUUCCAGCUUUCUACUUCCCUGUGGAAAACAUAGAGAGUUCUGUGACUGUUCAUCCUCUCCAGGAUAUGUCUCUUCAAGCCUUCACCUUAUGUUUCUGGACCAAAGCCCAGCACGAUGGCACUCAGACUGUUCUAUCCUACUCCACACAGGAGAGGGAUAAUGAGCUGGUGCUGACCCUGGGCUCAGAUGUGGGAUUGUGGAUAGGAGGCCAUUUCAUCAGCUUCCCCCUCCACCACAAGGCACAAGGCUGGCUGCACUACUGCGUGGCAUGGGCCUCCCAGUCUGGGAUGGUGAAUUUAUGGCUCAACGGAGCAGCUGGUAAAGAAAAGAGUAUCCAGAAGGGGUACAUGAGCCAGGCUGGAGGGACACUUGUCCUUGGGAAAGACAGAGACAUUCUUCUUGGGACAUUCUCCAAUGGCUUUGCAGGGUGGAUGGCUCAUGUGAACCUGUGGAGCCAAGUUCUCAGCGCUGCAGAUGUCCGGGCACUCGCGCUCUGCAGAGCAGGGCAGCUGAAGGGAGACAUCAUAGCAUGGGGAGAAACCUCUAUGACCCUCUUGGGGGGAGUGGUUCUGGAGUCUGACACCAGCUGCCAGUGA